UUUUUACUUUGUGAAAUUCUUUGUAAUGAACAACAAUCCGGGGGAGUCCACAGAUGGACUUUCGGGCGAGGAGACAUCACUUAAGCCUUCAAAUCUGAUAGAUCUGAAUGUCCUGCGACCAUUCAUGAGAGCACCUUAUCUUAGUGCCAUGGCGACUGAUCGCAAUGUGCCGACAACUGAAAACAUUCCCCCUAAUCUCUUGGAGAGGAUUUUUUAUCUACUCUCCGUCAUUUUGAUGGUGAUAACUUUCCCCAUUUCGGUAUUCAUGUGCCUAGUGAUCCUGCAGGAAUACCAGAGAGCGGUAAUUUUGCGCUUGGGCCGCCUCCUGCCUGGCGGACCCCGUGGUCCAGGACUCGUUUUCAUACUCCCUUGCAUUGAUGCGUACAUUAAAGUGGAUCUGCGCACCACAUCUUUUGACGUAUCGCCCCAGGAAAUUCUCACCAAGGAUAUGGUGACGAUCAAGGUCGAUGCUGUGGUCUACUACAGCAUCAAGCAGCCGAUUGAUGCAGUUCUGCAGGUAUUCGAUCAUAGAGGCGCCGUUGAGUUGCUGGCCAAGGCCUCGCUUCGAAAUGUGGCCGGCACACACAUGCUGUUGGACCUCCUAAUGUCCAAGGAGACACUGUCCAAGAGAAUUGAAGCUAUCCUUGAUGACUGUACCGAUCCCUGGGGAGUGCGUGUCGAGCGGGUGGAAGUUAAAGAGAUUCUUCUGCCCGACCAGCUGCGUCGAGCUCUGGCUGUCGAACAGGAAGCGUUACGGGAGGCAAAGGCCAAGGUAGCGGCUGCUCAGGGAGAAAGAGACGCUGUCAAAACUCUAAAGGAAGCUGCCGAUAUAAUGGAGACAAAUCCCAUUGCUCUGCAAUUGCGGUAUUUGCAAACGCUCAACACAAUAUGCAAUGACAAAACACUGUCAUAUGUGUUCCCCUUCCCAGUAGAUAUCGUCCGAAAGAUGAUGAAGUGAUGAACUUUUGCGAAUAAAAUGUAUUUGUCUAUUCAAAAUA